ACAGGCAUGAGCCACCGCGCCUGGCCUGUCAAGAUAUAUUUUUUUUUACCCCAAACUGCUUUGUUCUAACCUACCUUUUUUGUUGUUCUUGAAAAGCAUAUCGAAUUUACAGUUUUAAUAGGUCCAACAAUAAAAUUAUGUUCAUAUUUUUCUUUUUAAAGAGAGAGUUAGGAGGCAGAUCAUAAUAGACCACGAGGAAUUAGGAUUUUUGCUUUCUUGUGUGCAUUAGGAAACUGGAGGGUUUUGAGAAAAUGCUCAGCACAGAGCUUGGCACAGAGUAGAAGCUGAGUAAUGUUAACAAUAAAAACUAAAAUUAAAAUGUUAUGAAAAUCAUCAUUAGUUAUUUUUUGCCAGAUUUUUGAAGUAGAUAUUUUGAUCUGUUGAGAUAUUUUGAGUUAUUUCUCAUAGGCUUAGUUUAAUUAUAAGUUGUGACUUACUACAAAUUAGUAUACUCUGCCCCCCUAGUUUAAUUAUAAGUUGUGACUUACUACAAAUUAGUAUACUCUGCCCCCCUCCUUUUUUUUUUGCCUGAGAGCUGGCAAGAAAGUUUUAACUGUUACAAGAACUCAGUUUAACAUAAAAUUUAAACAGUAGGUCAAAGCAAAUAUUGCAGUCUCAAUCUUCAGAGAGUCAUUUAAUAAUUUGAGAGUUGUCACAAAGAUUCUUUGCUUAACCAACCCGUAGGCAAGCCCUUAAACCUUCUCCUAGGCCUAGCUGUGUAAAAUCCAAUUUUAGCACAAACCCUGUAAAACCAGUUUAGCAAGAACUCUUCCUCAUUGUAGACCAUUCCCAGGUGAUGUCUGAUCACCCUGGCCUGUCUUCAGCAAGAAUCCUGUUAGGGUUUAGCCAGAGUCUUCCUUACUCUGGAUGUUAUUUUUUAGUAAUUUCACAUCCACUGAGUGGGAUGAAAGCAAACCCACCUUGCUCCUUGGCUAUACUUGCCCUUGCUGUUUCCCUACUGUCUCUCCCUCACUGAGUCGAACCCAGUCUCUCUCCCCAGCUGCAACAUCACAUUGCCGUGGUCCCUAUAUCUAUUGAGAUGAUCCUGAAUAACGUCUACCUUACCAUGCUUUAACAAGUAUCACUGAGUAAUUUUUUAUUUAACAGUUACGGUGCUGUGACUCCGAUAGGAUCAGAUUCAUCAUUGGACCCCCAGACCUCUCACCCAGGACCCCAAGUGUGCACCUUUGAAGCCAUUGUCUUCACUCCUGACUGAUAGAUCGGGGAUCCAAUGGAUUCUGAACACAAGCAGUUUGCUCUGUGACUGCCAUUUGAAGUGGCUACUUCAAUGGUUGGUUGAUAAUAACUUUCAACAUUCUGUGAAUGUAAGCUGUGCACACCCUGAAUGGCUAGCAGGGCAAAGCAUCCUGAAUGUGGAUCUGAAAGAUUUUGUCUGUGAUGAUUUUCUCAAGCCACAGAUAAGGACACAUCCUGAAACCAUAAUUGCUCUAAGAGGCAUGAAUGUGACUCUGACGUGCACUGCAGUGAGCAGCAGUGAUUCACCCAUGUCCACUGUGUGGCGCAAAGACAGUGAAAUCCUGUAUGACGUGGAUACUGAGAAUUUUGUUCGUUAUUGGCAGCAAGCUGGAGAAGCUCUGGAAUAUACUAGUAUCUUACAUCUUUUCAAUGUGAAUUUCACAGAUGAAGGAAAAUAUCAGUGUAUUGUUACUAAUCACUUUGGUUCUAAUUAUUCUCAGAAAGCCAAACUGACUGUAAAUGAGAUGCCAUCUUUUCUGAAAACGCCAAUGGAUCUGACUAUUCGCACUGGUGCCAUGGCCAGAUUAGAAUGUGCUGCAGAGGGACACCCUGCACCUCAGAUUUCCUGGCAGAAAGAUGGUGGUACUGACUUUCCUGCGGCUCGAGAAAGACGCAUGCACGUCAUGCCCGAGGAUGACGUCUUCUUUAUUGCCAAUGUGAAAAUAGAAGAUAUGGGAAUCUAUAGCUGCAUGGCACAAAAUACAGCAGGAGGUCUCUCAGCAAAUGCUUCCCUAACAGUGUUAGAGACACCCUCAUUUAUUAGACCCCUGGAGGAUAAGACAGUAACCCGAGGUGAAACUGCGGUGUUACAGUGCAUAGCUGGAGGGAGUCCUGCCCCUCGUCUCAACUGGACUAAAGAUGAUGGGCCUUUGCUGGUGACAGAACGACAUUUCUUUGCUGCAGCCAAUCAGCUUCUCAUCAUUGUAGAUGCCGGGCUAGAAGAUGCUGGGAAAUAUACCUGCAUUAUGUCUAACACCCUUGGGACAGAACGUGGCCACAUUUACCUAAAUGUCAUUUCAUCCCCCAAUUGUGACUCUUCCCAGAGUAGCAUUGGGCAUGAAGAUGAUGGCUGGACCACAGUUGGCAUUGUCAUCAUUGUUGUGGUCUGCUGUGUUGUUGGCACUUCUUUGAUCUGGGUCAUUGUUAUUUACCACAUGAGAAGGAAAAAUGAAGACUAUAGUAUCACAAACACAGAGGAGCUCAAUCUGCCUGCAGACAUUCCCAGCUACUUGUCUUCCCAAGGAACGCUGUCUCAGCCACAGGAAGGCUACAGCAACUCUGAGGCAGGCAGUCAUCAGCAACUUAUGCCUCCUGCCAAUGGAUAUAUACACAAAGGCACUGACGGUGGCACUGGUACCUGGGUGAUUUGCUCAGAUUGUUAUGACAAUGCCAACAUCUACUCCAGGACCCGAGAAUACUGUCCAUACACCUAUAUUGCUGAGGAGGACGUUCUUGAUCAGACACUGUCCAGCCUCAUGGUCCAAAUGCCUAAAGAGACAUAUUUAGUACAUCCUCCCCAGGAUACUACUGCCCUAGAGAGCCUGAUACCGUCAGCCAACAGAGAGCCAUCUGCCUUUCCCACCAACCAUGAGAGGAUAAGUGAGAAGAAACUUCCCUCCACUCAGAUGAGCGGUGAUACAGAGUCUCGCUCUGUCGCCCAGGCUGGAGUGCAGUGGCACGGUCUCGGCUCACUGCAACCUCCGCUUUCCGGGUUCAAGCGAGUCUCCUUGAAACUGGGAAAAUGAGAAGCCUUGCCCACGAAUCUCCAGCGCAAAAAGCAGCAGCUUUUUCCUCCCCAGCUCCUUUCUGCGUCGGCGGCGAAGAGAGAGCUCUGCUCCCUGCUUUUUUAGAAAAUGGAUUUGACGUGGCCGAACCUGCGGCUAGCCGUGCGACCCGCACAAGGGAGGGACUGUUCUCAGUAGGAGGCUGGACUCAGAGCGGCGCGGCGCCCAGGGCUGUUUCGUGAGCUGGAGCCAGCGGCUGCCCGGGCGGCGGUGCGCGCACUCUCCAGGCUGAGACACGACUGGCUGGCACGAGUUGCUCGGCACCAGCUGAGCUGUCAACCGCGAGCGGAGGCGGGGCUCCCGACAACCAGUGUGCUGGGGCAGAAUCGGCCCAGGUUGCACGCCCCCUGGACCACCCUCGCGUCUCCCCGACCCCUCUCUCGCUGGCUCAGAUGAAUGAUGACGGCAGAGGGCAGAGAGCUUAGAGGACGCCGUACCAAGCCCCGUCCCUCGCCCAUCCCAACGAAGGUCUUAGAAUACAAUCAACCAACUACAGGAAGAAUUUGUAGAGGAGGUUUUCUUGUGUGUCUGCAUCGCCCCACCCACAGGUAACCCCAGAGCCAGAGAUGGAGUCUAGGAAGGUUUAGGAGCAAUCCCGGCUGAAUGCAGAUGUAUGCCCUACGUGGUCAUGGAACACGGUGUUGUCUUCCUAGAGAUGUGACAUGCCAGUUUCACCAUUAAUCCAGGGACAGGACCCUUCAUCAGGAAGGGAAGCAUCCCAACAAAACCUUACAGCCCUAUUAGCUGCCUGUAUCUCAGACAUCUCCUGUUUUAGGGUAUUCUACCUCCUCGUUUUUCAGUUUCGCCAGCAACUGGGCUCUACCAAUAGCUUCAAGGAGGGAGAAGCUUCCUGACUCCCAGAACACUAGAAAAGCCUCAAGACAGUAGCCAUCAGGACCUAGACACUCCCUUGUGACUGUUUUAAGAUCAUGGAAAAGGGCUUUUUGGAGAUGGCAUUGCCUCAGGCCCUGUACCAUGUACUUAUGUAUCAAGAUUUAAACAAGGCAGACAUACUAUAAUUAGAGUGCUUGCCACCCUGAAGCUCCUUUUUAGCUUUCAAAUGAGACCGUUUUAUUAAAUGACAUAAUCACUGUUA